AGUUUAAAAGAAUUAACACAUCUGUAGCUUAAUCUGUGUAAGUUGCAAGUCGUGUUUAAGAUGAUUAUAGCAUUUUUAAUAAGACGUUGGAGUGCUACAUUUAAACUUGUUCCGUCGAGUUUGUGAAGUGUAAAUGUGGUUUAGACCUACUAGAUAGCGAUGAGGUGUAAAUAAUGGAAUAACAUUUAUAUCAUUAAAAAACCUUGUAAAGUAAAUUGUGACUAUUAUUAUGGGAAUUAACUCAGAGUUACAGCCCUUGGAUGGAGAGACAGAGCAGUGUAAAGAAAAAAUGAACGGUGGAGGGAAGCAUUACGUGCUCGCAAAUGGCGAAACAGUCGUCACUUACGAGCCAAGUGGAAAAUCUCGGCGCUCAUAUUGUUGUGGACGAACUUAUCUCGAGGUCGCAUUACUGCUUGUCAGCUUCAUCUGUUCAGGAAUCGCUAUUGCCCUCGUUAUAGUGUUGGCAACUCGACCUGGAAGUGAGACAAUCCGAACAAUAACUAUAACAGAAACGGACAUAGGAUACAGCCCGCAAAAUGAUAAACUGUCUGAUAACUUAAUAUCAGAACAAUCUGAUGGACAGUACACUGAUAACUCACAUAAGUUGUGCCUUACAGAGGACUGCGUUAAAGCUGCCGCACGUUUAUUGGAGUCAAUGGACGACACCGUCGAUCCAUGUGAAGAUUUCUUUGAAUACGCCUGUGGAUCAUGGAAUAAAUUCAACGAAAUUCCAGAAGACAGGACGAGCUACGACACAUUUUCAAAACUUAGAGAUAUAAUAGAUAUUCAACUAAAAGAUUUACUUGAACAUCCUGAGACAUCUGAGGAAAGUGAAGGCACAAUAAAAGCUAAACGACUAUAUACAUCCUGUAUUAAUGAAUCUUUGAUAGACGAGCGUGAUCUGGCACCAGCAUUUGUCGUACUAAAUGACCUUGGAGGAUGGCCAGUAGCAGAUCCAAAAUGGGACAAGAAACAGUUUGAUUUGAUAGACUUACUUGCCAAACUUAGAUUGUAUAAUAACAAAAUUCUGAUAGACCAGUGGGUUGGUCCUGAUGACAAGAACUCAGAUGAUUAUAUCAUUCAGUUGGACCAGACAGAGCUGGGAAUGUCAUCAAGGGAUUACUAUAUGAAAGGGUUUGAAGAUCCUCGGCUGUUAGCGUAUGAGGAGUUUGCCGUUAACGUCGCGAUUCUGUUUGGUGCCUCUAGCACUGUAGCUAAGGCAGAUAUGAGAGAUGUGGUAGAGUUUGAGAUCAAAUUAGCGAACCUUACAACUCCGCAAGAACACCGGAGAGACAGCGAGGCACUGUAUAACAAAAUGACGGUAAAAGAUUUGCAAACUCAAAUUCCGAAGUUUGAAUGGAUUCGAUAUCUCCGUGAUAUAUUUGGUCGUGUUAACGUAACUCUGAACGAGACUGAAACCAUUGUGGUAUAUGCUCCAGACUUUCUCAAACACAUGGUGGAUCUUGUAAAACAGACUGAAGAAAGAACUUUGGCCAACUAUAUCAUCUGGCGAUUCAUGAUGAACAGAGUUCCAAAUCUUCCAGGAAAGUAUCGGGAGCUCAGAACGGAAUACUAUAAAGCCAUAUUCGGCUCGAAGCAAGAGCGAGUCAGAUGGAGGGACUGUGUUAGUUAUGUAAAUGAUAAUUUAGGCAAUGCUGUUGGUAGACUGUUUGUCAGUAAACAUUUUGACGAAGAUGCCAAGAAAAACGCACUUGAAAUGGUACAAGAUAUACGUGUGGCCGUCAACGAGCUACUUACUGAAGUUGAUUGGAUGGAUGAAACUACAAAAGAGCUAGCAAUCGAUAAGGCAGAUGCGAUGGCAGUUAAAAUAGGAUUCCCCUCAUACAUCCUGAAUGACACUGCGUUGGAUGAGGAGUAUAAAAAUUUUAAUUACCACGCGGACAAAUACUUUGAAAAUGUUCUUGAGACAAUACGCGGCAUUGCUAUCACUAGCCUUCAGAUGAUUAAUAAGCCAGUUGACAAAACAUUGUGGUCAACAACGCCAGCAAUCGUCAACGCCUUUUACGCAUCUACGAAAAAUCAAAUCAUGUUCCCUGCGGGUAUUUUGCAGCCACCUUUCUACAGUAAAGGAUAUCCAAAAUCGCUGAAUUAUGGUGGUAUCGGCAUGGUAAUUGGGCAUGAAAUAACGCAUGGCUAUGAUGACAGAGGUCGUCAGUAUGACAAGAACGGUAAUUUGAAGCAAUGGUGGGAUGAUGACGUCAUUGCCGCUUUUAAAAAGCAAGCUCAGUGUAUUGUGGACCAAUAUGGUAAUUACACAAUAGAAGAAGUAGGAAUACAGAUAAAUGGAAUACAAACGCAAGGUGAAAAUAUUGCGGACAAUGGAGGCCUAAAGGAAACAUACAGAGCAUACCAGAAGUGGAAGAAGGAACAUGGGGGACAGGAGCCUAGGCUACCUGGUCUAACUGAUCUUAAUAGUGAACAACUUUUCUUCCUCAACUUCGCUCAGGUGUGGUGCGGAACGACGCGUCCACAGGCGAUGGUAAAUCGAAUUCUUACCGGAGUACACAGCCCCGGGCGUUACAGAGUAAUCGGAACACUGCAGAACUCGGUGGAUUUCAGUAAAGUAUUCAACUGUCCACUUAAUUCUUACAUGAAUCCUGAAAAGAAGUGUGCUGUCUGGUAAACAUUCAAAACAGUUGUGAAAAAAAGCAUUACUUGGACAUACAGUAGAUAUAUCGCCUGUUGUUUAUUACGUGUAUGAUAUAUUGACCUAUAGAUGGACGAGCGACCUGGGUGUUUGCAGGGAGUUGAACCAUUCAUGACGUAACAAGAACAGUAGGUUAUGUCAUCAAACUUCAAUUUGCAUAGAGUAACAAAGAAACCAUAUUCAAACUCUCUUGUGUCAAAAUCUAUAUUUGCAUUAACUAACUUUGGAUAUUAAUAGAGUAAAAGAAAGAUGAGCGGAAUGUGAUUGAUUGACUGUACAUGUACAUUAGGAAACAACUGAUGUCGUGUAUGGAAAGUUUUAUGGAAAAAGAAGAAGAGAUGGGAACAAUUUCAUAUUACUACACCAGUUUAAUAAACAGUGUUUUGUUGCUGUUACUGAAGCUUGUUUUCUUACAAAAGUGUUUACCUCAUUGUUUUUGUAUAUAUGGUUUUGUAUGAUCAAAUAUUUUAUUAUUUGGUGUAUUUUUUACACAAAAUAUUACUUAACAUGACCUUCAAUAUUAUACAAUUAUUGACUCUUGAGCUAUUGGAUAUGAUGUGAUAUUUACUGGAAGAGGUCAAUAUUGCCCUCUUUCGGUGAAUAACACAUCGUGUCCAAUGGCUCAAGAGUCAAUAACUGUUUUAUUAUAUGGAUUCAGGUUUAUGUUUGAAAGUAACAAUAAAUAACUUCCAUUCUAUUUCUAGAAAGUCAUAUUUAAUGGGGGAUCACCCACUAACCAUUAAACAUGAAAUAUAUUUUGAAAGAUGAUGAGUGAUUUUGGCCAAUGAAAUUUAGGUUAUUUUUAGAACAAAUGAUAAAACCAUUGACCACACGAGGGGUGUUCAAAAUAUAAGCCGAAAAGUGCUCUAAUAUCUUUGUCUCUACUCGUAUUUUGCUGAAAUUUAAAAAUGUACUAAAGAAGAAUAUACAUGAACAUUAUUUAUUUGCCGUUUCUAAGGCAACGUCACUAACAUUGAAGUGGCCCGACGUCAUUGUAACGCUGUGAUAUUAAACAAAAUGAAUCAAUGUCACUCGUGAUUAGCAGUUUUUUAAUGUUUCUCGCCAUUAAACACAUUUUCUACACCUUUCUAUGAAAAAAACAAAAACUGCUGGUAAAGUGGGUCAGCGAACAAUGAUACAUCGAUCCAUCUUGACUAUUCAUGUGCUCUAAUUUUCAAAACGUGAUUGAACGUUAUUGUCGUUUGGUGUUUGAACUUUGAGUCGUCAGCGAUAUUCUACCCCUCCCCGCCCCCACAUACCACAGAUAAAAUAAUAGUUUCUUAAACCUCGUGCAGCAUAGCAUUAACCUCUCUUUUAUUUUAGAUUCAAAACACAACAAUUCAACAAUUUUUGGUCAUAUAUGAAGAAAUUGGAGUAUUUUUCCGGGUACUUGCUGAACAUCCGUCGUAUCGAUUGAAAUUUGUUUUAUGAUCUUACAUAUUCUAAAUUAAAGGCAGUACGUGUAAUAAAUCUGAAACUGAUUAAUAUUAGAUUAAACGCCUAUUUCUACACAAUGACAUAUUCAGUGGCGUUGUACAUUUAAUAAAUCCAUGACAAUAUUGAAUUUGCAGUUCAGAAAUACAUCUUUUUGUAGUAUUAUAAUUAACCUUGGGUAUAUUAACUGUAUUUAACUUGUUUUCGUUUGAUACAGGCACUGUGUCUGGGUUUUGACCAUGUUGAAAGUUGUUGUAUUAGUGAAUCCAAUUUUCGUACAGUGCUACCAUACAUACUUGUAUGUAGCAUUUUUGUGUUUCGAUCAAAUGUAUUGCAUUAUCAUGUUUGUCAGCACCGUUCGCUAGGGUUUUGUAAAUCUCAGAUAAAUCGACCAACAUUUUGAUUUUGCUCGCUGGAAAGUCUUAUGACUCAUUGAUAAGAUUGAUAACAAGAUUUGUUUAAUUGUUCAACAGUAUAUUUUAUGCAGGGCUUUGUAGUAUUUUAUUAUUUUACCACAACAACUUUUUUUCAUUUCAAGCGAUAUCACGCAAAACUGUUUUGUGACAUUGUGGUAGAAAUUCGACAAUAAGUAUAUCUCAUUCAUAUAAGAGAGCGUAUAUCGCCUUACAUUGAUAUGUGGCUUUUAAGCAAGAAAAAAUUUAUGUAGAUUUAUUAGAAUUAAGGCUUAUUUGACAAGGUAUUUUGUUUAUAUGGUAUACACUGUAAAUCAAAAUGGUAUUGGUUUUACUAAAUUUCGGUGCAUACACGUCAUGUUCAUGCUGUGGGUUCCAUGUAUCACCUCAUUAUUUCCAAAUUCAAUUGUUCAUUUAUCUUGCCCAUUAUCAUUACCUUUUUUGUCACAUAAAUUUGUUGAUGUACGUGUUUUGUUGACAUAUUUUGGAUCAUUGUAAAUAAUAAUCUCAUAUAUGUAUUUCUCAUUGUACAUUUGUAAGGUUUUUCUUUUUCGUUCCUACCAAUGUCGGUGAAAAUAUGUAAAAGUUCGUUUAUAACUUUUAAUACAUAGCUAUAUUUUUCAUAAUUGUUUGCAUAUCAAAAUGUCUCGCAUUUAAGGGCAUAUAUGCAUUGGCUUUGCGGAUUCAUUAGAUAAGUUUUAGUUGUAAAUUAUUUUGCCAAUGGCUAUUUUUUACACGUUUUGUCGAUCCGUAAGCAUAUAAAAUAUGUGGUGGCUAGUUUAGGACAUUUCGUUAUGGUGUCGGCCCGGUACAAUUCUCCUUCUUUGCUGUAUAGUAAAACAAGCACUUUUGGACAUGGAUUGUGAAUUUCACAACAAAAUUGCAGCAUUGACAGCUCUGUAUUUCUGAAGAGUAAUACUAUCCCAGUCAAUAUAUCACAGAAAAACACCACCAUCAACGAUGAACUUUUUUGCUACACAUCAAAGUAUCUAGUCCAUGUUUAAAUUUCCCACUGACAUCUGUCAUCGCCACCAGUCUGGCGUAGUUUUUUAAUCCUUCCGCACAGAAAUGUAAUCCUGAAAAACACACAAAAAACAACUGUUAAAAACAUCCGAAAUGACAAAAAAUGUACACAGUAUCAAUAAAUACAUUUGGAAUAUAACAUGUCAAAGUAGGGAUAGCGUUAAAUUGGGAACUUCAAAAUUUCAAAGAACUACUUUCUAGGAUACAACGACCCGGAAGUACUUCUAUACCGGGGUGACACCUUAUGUGGCAUUGGCGUGCUCGAGGCUUUUGUGGCACGUUUCGUUGUGUCAUCCUGGCGUGCGUGCCAAUGCGCUAUAACGAAAUUAUGGAUAUGUUGUGUGAAAUUUUCGCGCGCUAGCGCGACAAAACGAAACCUAGAAUCGGGCCACCCAAAAACAAAAUGUGCUACUUGAGCCAAACGCACAAUGAAAAGUCCUAAAUUAGCCACCAUUAAAAUUCUAUAGCUAGAAGCAUGACAGAACCCGUCUUGCUUGUGACUGAUGCAAUCCUGGUAUGUCCUACACCAUCAAGGGAAUUUUGCUGAUGUUAAUGUUCUUAUAAACUGUAACGUAGUUUAUAGGCAUACAGACACUAAAUUCGCAUAAUGGCGAAUUCAAAUAGUAAUCAGUUGUUUUAGCUCUGUAGAGAUAUUUUCCUUAUUUUCUUUGCAAUUGUUUGCUGAAAUCACAUAACAGAUCUAUGUUUGACAUGUAGGUAGCAUUUUCAUAAUGAAAAAGUAAUAUGCCAAAAUGUGUCAUGGAUACUUAGAUCGUACCUCACCACUACAAUUUGGGGUCUCAUUCUAGAUGAUUUUGUAGCUUAUGUGUUUGACAGAAAAUAUUUGUUUUUGCAUCAAACAUCAUCCACACUUUUUUAGUUUUUUAUUAAGCACUGACGAUAUUCUUCAAGACCAUGUAAGUUAGACAUUUAAGUGGGACCUGAUGUGUGCUGCAGCCAUUGGAAAUAUGUCAAUUUUAUAUAGAAUAAAGAAGACUAGUUAUUUAGUGUACUGUGGCCUAAUAAGAAAAUUAACUCUGCCUUGCUUACGUUCUCGAAAUAUUUCCCUUUAUUUAUUUUAAUUGUAAAAGCUGUAACUCUAAAAUGCGCUGGAGGAAAUAUUCAAAAACACAGUACUAGUAUACAAAAGCCAUAACUCUACUUAGCUUACUUACUGAAUAUCUCCCUUUGUUAUAUUCGUUCAUCACUUUUGUCCGAAGAAACACUCUAAAACUAAUACAGAGAUAUUGUUGGUUUUCACUCAUUAACAGAGGACACUGGAAGUAAUUUGCAUUACACAAGAAUAUUAGAUAUAACACACCUGUUUUUGAAUUGUCUCCAGUUAUUGAAUUAAGUUCCUGGGCUGUAAUUUAACACGUACUGAAGGAAUUUCAUUAAAACAACAUACAUAAAUAGACGACAUUAACAGAAAUUGCAAAGUGCAAGUACCAUAAAAACUCGUUUUGAAUUACUUCCAGUUUCUAAAUUUACUCAUAACAGAUGUCCAGAUAAUAACUCCAGAACUAUCAGACGGACUUCUUUUGAACCCUCACACAACAACAGGAUAUCGGGAGGAGCUUGCUUUCUUUUGGAUAAUCUCCAGAUAUUGAAAAUAGUUGUCCUGAGCAAAAAUCUAAAAAUGUUAAUGGAAAUGAAUUUAAACUAAACUGCACAAGAGGAUGGAAGUACCUUAAUUUUCAAUUGCUCUCAACGAUUUUAUAGUUUACCAUAAUUGUCAUGAAACUGUAAAAGGUGCUUUCCUUAUGUUGCACACAAUACCAGAGGACAAUUAGAGGAAGUGUAUUGUCCAAGAACCAAAAUUUUACUGUAGAUCCGGGCCAUAUUUUUUGCAAUGUCUUCAACUGAAUAAAGCUAUUGGACAGCAAUUUUACAUUUCAAAUUAUUUUGCUUUGGCGAGGUUCUCUCAGUGCUGGCCUCGACUUCUCGAAAAUACUUAAGUUUGUUAACAUACUUAAGUACGUUAUUUUGCUUAAGUUUUUGCUCUUCUAAAGCAAUUUAACGGACUUAAGUCACAAACUUAAGUAUUUUCGUAAAAUUGUGGCCCAAUGUUCUAGUUCCUUUUUAGUGACUGAAAACUUUAUUCGGCCGGGUCCUCCAAGUAAAGUUUCCUUUGGUGAACGAAAUCCUUUGUAGUCAUAAUCUUAAGGAUCAGCUUUGUUUUAUUAGCUCACCUGUCACAUAGUGACAAGGUGAGCUUUUGUGAUCACCCUUCGUCCGUCGUCUGUGCGUCCGUCCGUGCGUCAACAAUUUCUUGUCUGCACGAUAGUGGUUUCAUUUAUGAUUUUAUUUUAACCAAACUUGCACACAACUUGUAUCACCAUAAUAUCUCGGUUCCUUUCUUGAACUGGCCAGAUCCCGUUAUGGGUUUCAGAGUUAUGACCCCUGAAAGGGUCAAAAUUAGCUAUAUCGACCUUGUCUGCACAAUAGCAGCUUUAUUUAUGAUUUGAUUUUUACCAAACUGGCAUACAACUUGUAUCACCAUAAGAUCUUGGUUCCUUUCUUGAACUGGCCAGAUUCCAUUAUGGGUUCCAGAGGUAUGGCCCCUGAAAGUGCCAGAAUCAGAUAUUUUGACCUUGUCUGCACAAUAGCAGCUUCAUUUAUGAUUUUAUUUUAACCAAACUUGCACACAGCUAGUAUCACCAUAAGAUCUUGGUUCCUUUCUUAAACUGACGAGAUUCCUUUAUGGGUUCUAGAGUUAUGGCCCCUGAAAGGGCCAAAAUUAGCUAUUUUGACCUUGUCUGCACAAUAGCAGCUUCAUUUAUAAUUUGAAUUUAACCAAACUUGUACACAACUUGUAUCACCACAAGGUCUUGGUUCCUUUCUUAAACUGGCCAAAUUCCAUCAUUGAUUCCAGAGUUAUGGCCCCUUAAAGGUCCAAAAUUGGCUAUUUUGGCUUUUGCAGCCAUAUAGAGACUUCAUGUAUGGUUUUAUUUGAUAUAAGCUUCCAAAAUAUCUUCAACAACAAUAAAUCUUAGAUUCCAUGACAAAUCAGAUCCAAUCGUAGGUUCCAGAGUUAUUUUAUAUCUGAUUACCUCCCCUGAUUGUAAUCAAAAUGGAUUUAUAUCAGUAAGUACUUAUAGGACUUAAUUGAAAUUUCAUAAUUGUCAUUAGUUGGACUGACACAAUCAGGGUAAAUAACUAUGGACUGAUUUUAUGUCAAAUUACCUCCCUUUAUUUCAAAUUAAAAUGGGUAUAUCUCCGUAACUAAUGAAGAUACUGAUCUGAAAUUUCAUUUAUGUCAGCAGAUUUAUUUGGCAGAGCCUUCUAUUGUUCACUUACAAUAUUUCUUUUUUAAUUACUUCCCUUUUACGUUACUAUAAAUAGCUUAUUUUAGGAACUUUUUUAUUAUUGGCCGUAGGGAAAAACCGAGACCAUUUUUCUGUGGUACAACAUAGAUGGUACCUCCAAUUUUUAGGUGUAUUUUGACAUAUCUGUACCUUGUAAGAAUUGUUUUUUCUUUUUGGUUAAAUUUCUUCCCUUUGUUGUUCCUGUCCUUUGGACUUAAAUAUUUUUACUGAUGACCUUCUUGUCCUCAAGUGCAAUGAUGACAGGUGAGCGAUAUAGGGCCAUCAUGGCCCUCUUGUCUAUUUAUACCUUACCAAAAUAAAGACAGACAAUUGCUAGAAGUUCAUUGACGGGUAUUACCAACGUAAAAAGAACUUUAAGAAGAUACUAUUACAUCAAUUUAUUUUCGGGUAAUACGUGUUUUAUUUCCUAAUGUUUUACUGUCUCAGUAUUCAGUGUUUUUAUUGUUAAAACGAGAUAUCAUUAAAUUUCUAUAUCCAUAUUCUA